GCACCUUCAUCAUGGCAUCUAAUGUGCUGUUUGGCCUGUUCCCUGCUCAUCUGUACUCCUGGGCUGCCUCUCUGUGCCUCCUGCUAGUACUGUACAAAGCCACUCAACUUUAUCUGAGACGGAGGUUUCUGCUUACAGCAUUCAGCUCUUUCCCUGGUCCUAAAUGCCACUGGCUGUAUGGGAAUGCACUCCAGUUUCUUCAAGUCGGGAAGGAACUGGACCUUAUUCUUAAAUGGGCUCAGGUCUAUCCCUAUGGAGUUUCAAUGUGGCUGGGAAAUUUCCAUGCUGCACUUUUUCUAACACACCCUGACUAUGCAAAGGCUAUCCUAGCCAGGCAGGAUCCAAAAGAUGAAACAGCAUACAAAUACAUAGUUCCGUGGAUUGGUGAAGGAUUAUUGGUUCUGUCAGGACCUAAGUGGUUCCAACACCGAAGAUUAUUAACUCCAGGGUUUCAUUACGAUGUGCUGAAGCCAUACGUGACUUUAAUGUCAGAUUGUACCAGAGUCAUGCUGGACAAAUGGGACAAGCUGAAGCCAAAUGAGAAGACAGUUGAGCUUUUCCACCAUGUCAGCCUGAUGACAUUGGACACUAUCAUGAAAUGUGCCUUCAGCUACAACUCCAGCUGCCAAAAUAACAGAGAUAAUUCCUACAUCAAAGCUGUGUAUGAACUCUCUUACCUGUUGGAUCAAAGAUCUCGUUUCUUCCUGUAUCACAAUGAUGUGAUUUUCUAUCUGAGCCCUCUUGGGUUCCGUUUCCGCAGAGCACUCACAGUAGCACACCAACAUACAGAUAAAGUGAUAAAACACAGAAAACAAUCACUCAUAAAUGAGACAGAACUGGAUAAAAUAAAACAGAAAAGGCACUUGGACUUUCUCGAUAUCCUACUCUGUGCAAAGGAUGAAAAUGGAAAAGGCCUGUCUGACAAGGACCUCCGUGCAGAGGUGGACACAUUUAUGUUUGAAGGACAUGACACAACAGCCAGUGGCAUCUCCUGGAUUUUAUACUGCAUGGCCAAAUACCCAGAGCACCAGAAGAAAUGCAGAGAGGAGAUCAGAGAGUUGCUUGGGGACAGAGAGACCAUGGAAUGGGGUGACUUGGGGCAAAUGCCUUACACUACUUUGUGCAUUAAAGAAAGUAUCAGGCUCUACCCGCCAGUACCAACAAUUGGACGUCGACUAAGCAAACCCAUAACCUUCUGCGAUGGGAGGAGCCUCCCAGAAGGUACAGAGGUACUUACAAGCAUCUAUGCAAUAAACCGAUCUCCAAGUGUUUGGAAUGACCCAGAGGUGUUUGAUCCUUUGAGGUUUUCACCAGAAAAUUCAGACAACAGACAUUCCCAUGCCUUUGUUCCUUUUUCCGCUGGUACAAGGAACUGCAUUGGGCAAAACUUUGCAAUGAAUGAGAUGAAAGUGGCUGUUGCACUGACCUUACAAAGAUAUGAACUGUUUCCCGACCCCGACAAUGAACCCCAAAUAAUUCCCCAAGUAGUCCUUCGAUCUCUGAAUGGAAUUCAUAUCAAAAUCAGAAGAGUGGAAAAAGAGAAAAACAAAAAGGGGAUGUGAAAAAGACAUUUAACCAUUAAAUUAAAGAGGGGAAGCCCACUGGAUUCUUGGAAAUGUCAUUGGAAUAUUGGAUCCAUAGUACACAAAAUCCAAUAUGACAGGUGGUGGUUCAACUCUGUUAUUGUUACUUUUUAUUAUUCAUCUUUAUAUUCAGGCCUCUCCUAUUCAUAUUCCAGCCUCUUAUUCAAAUCAAUGCAUGGUUGCUAGGGUAGUUUGGACCCUAGCAACCAGAUGGCUGAAUUUGAAAACGGGACAGCUGCUGAGUAAAAAGCAAAAUAACUCAAAAUCCACAAAUAAUAAAACCCAAUUGCAAAUUGCCUCAGAAUAUCCCUCUUUAUAUCAUAUUAAGAGUUAACUCAAAAGUGAACACCCCCUUUAAUGGUUUCUAAAACUGGCAGAAGUGUUUCAUGCAAAAAUAAAUGUGUAACAAGACAUACCUUAAUCUGC